CUCGUAACACAUGUAUGCCGACAGAAAACACAAAUCAAGAAAAACCCUCAGGCCUAACCAAAUAAAUUGUAUAUAAGAUGUUCUAAGAAGUAUUUUUACAUUAAAACGAUGUGUGCGAUACACAUGUCAGCAAAAGGUUGUAAUUAUCUUAUUUAUAAUAAGCCUAAUGCCAGGAGAGAAAAUAUGAUAUUAUAGAUUUAGCUUAUGGAUAUAAGUCAACAGACUUACUGCCAAUGCAAUGUCAAUUAAUAUCGUGCGAUUCUGCGCAUAGUUUACACUCCUCGGUGAACCAGGGGCGUGGCGCCGUGUGGGCGUGGUCAGCACACUCGCCUGAGUUUCACCUGAGAGCAGAUUAGGGACAAACACUCAAAGUCUGCUCACUGGUUCAGGGGCUAAACUGGUUUGCUCUGGGAUAUUUCACUGACAAAAGGAUGAUCAUGGACAAUAUCUUCCCAAACAUCAGGCUAGUGUUGGUGGCAGUCUUUCUGGUUGUAGUUCAGCUAAACAGAGACGUGACCGAGGCUUUGGCGGUGACAUCCUCCGGUCCCCAGACCAUCAAGAGGCCCCAGGGGACUACUGUCCUCCUGGGGUGCACCUUCACGCCGGGGCCCGCGGACGUGGGAGAGCUGGACGUGGAGUGGUACAACGCCAACCCUGACGUCACUCAGAAGGACACGCUGCUCAUCUCCUUCACGGGGGGGAAGACGCUGCACUACGCCACGUCCAGCGUCACCAGGAGGAUGAAGUUCAUCGGGGACCCCACGACGGGGGACGCCUCGGUCUCCAUCUCCGACGUGGAGGAGGGCGACACGGCCACCUACCAGUGUAAGGUGAAGAAGGCCCCCGGCGUGGACAUGAGGAAGGUCACCCUGGUGGUAAUGGUUCGCCCCUCAGUUCCCCGGUGCUGGGUGAAGGGUGGGGAGGAGAAGGGAGGGGACGUGUCCCUGCGCUGCCUGUCCGCCAAGGGAUCCGUCCCUUUGACGUACGUCUGGAGCACGGAGAGCGGGGGCCCCCUACCACCCCGCACCACCCAAGACUCGCAGACCGGAGAGCUGCUGAUCAAGAACCAUUCAGACAGCUAUAUCGGGACAUACGUCUGCCUCGCAAAGAAUCCUGUGGGCGAGGAGCAGUGCAAAUACACGCUCCAGGCGCACAACCCGACCAACAAGGCGGGGGUCAUAGUGGGGGCGGUCAUCGGGGCACUGCUGCUCCUCCUGCUCCUCCUCCUCCUCAUCUGGCUCCUGGUCGUCUGCUGCCUCAAACGCCGUUACCAGAAGGAGAUGGCCAAUGAGAUCAGAGAGGACGUCCCGGCCCCCGAGAGCCGUCCGACCAGCAGGAACUCGAGCAUCCGCUCGGUGAUGGCGUACCGCGCCCACCCAGGAGUCAAGUACAGCUCGGUGCAGAAGGGCCAGCCGGGAAGGACUGAGUCCAGUCGCAGCGCCGCCACCAGCACCCGGAGCAACGGCAGAGACAUGGCGGUCUCUCCUGGGCAGAGCCUGCCUCGCCUCCAGUACGACAGCAAGUUUGGAUACCCGGUGUAGGGCAUGGAUUUACCCCGCCGUAGGGCAUGGAUUUACCCUGGCGUAGGGCAUGGAUUUACCCCGGCGUAGGGCAUGGAUUUACCCCGCUGUAGGAUGUGGAUUCACCCCGGUGUAGGACAAGGAGUGCUGCUGCUUCGGCCUACCUUCAACCUUUUUAAACCUUUUUUUCUUUAAGUUGUAAAUCGUUCCUUUAUCUCUUGUCAUGGAUUUGAUGGAGGUAACAAAUGGUGCAAUAGCAAAAGUGGGAUACAAAGCCGGCAGCAUCACAGGCUGCCUUAUUUGCCCACUUAUUGCCAGAUAUGAAUACAAGGCUAUUAGGCAGGAAUCCAUAAAGGCUCUCCCGUAAACCCAUGUAGAGCUAAAGUUCUCAAGUGUGCUGUAAAGUGUAUCAUUGCCCUUGUAAACAAACGUGUAAAAUAGCUUCCACCUGAAUCUAAAUCCGUUGUGAUCGCGCACGCACAGGCUGUGAAACCUGUGGAUGUAAAUAAGCUGUAUGCCUGUGUGUAUUCAGGUAUGUAUUGGUCUCUCAAGCAGGGGUAAUUAUGCAUGGAUUUUUCGUGUUUUUAAAAUGUCUAUAAUAUGUAUUGGUCUCUCAAGCAGGGGAAAUACUAAUUAUAGAUGGAUUUUUUUAUGUUUUUUAAAUCUGUACAAUAAACUGCUUUAAAACCGUUAACUGAAAAGUAAAGCCAUCGGAUUAUACUUUUUAAAACAAGGAAUCUAGAUCACAAACUGUUUUUUCUGUGUCACAUUAACUGAUUAUUCUAAUAAUCUUUUGAUUGUGUUGGAAUGAUUACCAAUAAAUUCAGACAGGUUAUUUAACAAACUAAUUAGAAAACCCUUUUAAAGGACAUUUAGUGGACAAAGGAAAGCAAAACUCUAUAUCUUAUUUCAAACAAUGCGAUGUGCAAAGAACAUAAUAAAUCUAUUGAAUAAUGAAUUUGCAA